UACAAAAUUUCCUCUUCCUUCCCGUUCGUGGUUGUAUGUCGGCUCUAUAAUAACACAACUAACCACUACAUCUUUACAGUCAGAUAAAAACACUAAUUGGUGGCUGGUUAUGCGCGUAAAAAGGGGACCUACAAAACGCGCGCGUUUCGUCUAUUUUACCCUUCUUUCUUUUAAUUGUUGCGUUUAUCACGCGCUGUCCACAUUAUCCACAAUAACGCACAGAGAGACAGAGACACCGUUAACAGGGGCUGCUUUCUUUUCUCUUUUUUUUUUCUUUAACGAUGAUUAAGUUAAUGAAGGGAUGCGGGACUUUAAUGCGCACAAGGCAGGUGUCCCUGAAGGCGCCAUGGAUCAACUUGGAUACAGUGAGAGCGCCUUUCUAAAAGAGCAGGAGGAUCCAUUUCCAUCAGAUGGCUGGAAGCGCUGUCCGUGGUGAGUGAGGAUCAGCCCAUAUUCGAGCCGACCUACAACACAGCCCCGGCCAUGCACAUGAAGACUGAGAUGACGUCGCCCGGUGCGUUCAGCCAGGCAUCCAAGCCGAGUCCCGAGCCAACCGAGCCGGAGUGGGUGGGGUCAGUGGCACAAAACCCUGGGAAGAGAGCCGAGCAACACGUCAAUGGAACCAGCCGUGAGUCCCCCGUGGACUGCAGCGUCACCAAGCGCUCCAGACACAUGAGCAACGACGGGACCCCGAUGCCGUAUCAGGCCUCGUACCCGGAGCCUCGCGUCAGCCCGCAGACGACCACCCCGCCCAGCAGCACCACGGAGGAGAAGAGGGUCAUCGUGCCGGCAGAUCCUGAGGUUUGGACACAGGAUCACGUCCGACAGUGGCUGGACUGGGCCAUCAAGGAGUACGUCCUGGAGGAGGUGGACGUCAUGCUCUUUCAAGCGCUGGACGGCAAAGCCCUGUGCAAGAUGACCAAAGACGACAUGAUGCGCCUCACGUCGGCCUACAAUGCAGACAUCCUGCUCUCACACCUCAGCUACCUCCGCCAGAGUAGCCCCACUUUCUCAUACUCCACAACUCCCACCAACAACACACCACCACAACAACAACCACCCAGGCUACAGGUGAAAGCAGAGAGCAAUUUUGAUGAGAUCAGCCGCAGGAACAGCUGGACGGCAAACACCAUGACUGCAGUGCAGAAAGGUCCCGCCAUGGAGCACCAACACAGCACAAGAGUUACAGAGCAUGCCCCACGAAUUGUGCAAGACCCGUAUCAGACAUUAGGACCCAUUAGCAGUCGACUAGCCAACCCAGAAGGCCAAGCCCUCACCUCAUCCAAGAACCGAACGGGCAAACAAAGUCCAUACAAGCUCCCUGACCCCAGCGCUCACAGGCCUGUGGGUUCAGGGCAGAUCCAGCUGUGGCAGUUCCUGCUGGAGCUGCUGUCCGACAGCAACAACUCCGGCAUCAUCACUUGGGAGGGCACCAACGGCGAGUUCAAGAUGACUGACCCGGACGAGGUGGCCAAGCGCUGGGGCGAGCGCAAGAGCAAGCCCAACAUGAACUACGACAAGCUGAGCCGCGCUCUGCGCUACUACUACGACAAGAACAUCAUGACUAAGGUGCACGGCAAGCGCUACGCCUACAAAUUUGACUUCCAGGGCAUCUCGCAGGCGCACCAGAAUCACGCAGCGGACGGCGGGAUUGUUAAGUACCAGACUGAGAUGUCUUACGUGCAGCCCUACCACAGCCAUCAGCCCAAAAUGAACUUCAUGGGCGGUCAUCCUGCACCUAUGCCCGUCUCCCCUGGCAACUUUUUUGGCCCUCCGUCCACGUACUGGAACUCCCCCAACAGCCCCAUGUACCCUGGGUCAGCCAUGACGAGACAUCCCACCACUCACUCCCACCUGAGCUCGUACUACUGAGGACGACGCAUUUCACACCUGAACGUGAUAACGCGAAAGCGGAAGCCAAACGUGCUAGAAAACACACGCACACUUCCAUCCAGGAUGCACCUGAGCUGAACCCUGUCUGAAAUGAAGGUGAUAUGACGCUACGGUCUGUUUUUAAAAAGGGCAUUAUGAUGUUGUCUUUGUCACAUUCCUUCUUAAAAAUGGACAAAACGUGUGGGUAGAUAACUCUGUGGUGAAUGGAUUGGUAUUAUACUCUUCCCAAGACUUUCGUGAAUAUACUGAUUACACAAUGUAUUAACAAUUAUUCUGAUGUUAUGAAACCAAGUGUAUUUUGUAAGUACUUUGUUUGAUAGCACCUGUUGUAAAGACCAUAGUCAUAGCCUUUACGGUUUCAGUCAACGGUUUUAUAACUUUUGUUUUUUUUUCACUUCAUGGGUCAGAACUGCAGUUAUUACAUUCAAUGACCUGACAUUUGUAAAACAGAAAUUGUACAGAAUGACUGUCAUGUAGCAAUAUAACAUUUACUCACAAUGUAAAGCUAAUAAAUGAUGCUUAUAUCUAAAAA